AUGGUCAAACUAAUGAUAGUGGAUGAUGCUUUAUUAAUCAGAGUAAAGGAAAAUAGUCAAAAAAGCAACGAAAAUAUAACAACAAUUGCUGAUAUAAAUAUGAGCAAGAAAUGUGAAGCUUUCAUUAUCGACGAUGGACCUACUGAGUUUCUCGAUCAGGCGGUACCGACAACAGUUAUGAAUAAAUGUGUUCCGAUAGAAUGUACGAGUAAUCCAGUUAUCGAUAUACUAGCUUCAACAGCUAUGGAUCAUCCUAAAUCGCCGCCAAACUUCAAAGUAAGUAUUGGUCGUAUGAAAAAAUCUACAGCAGUACAAUGUGACAGACGCACAACCUCAUCAAAAGAUAAGAGAAAAAGCAAAUUCGUUGAAUUGUUAAACCAUGGAGAAAAAAGUCAAGAUGGUGCAAAAAGUGCAAGUGAAAAAGGGAUCACGCUGUUGGAACAAAUUAUUCGCACGCAUCCCAUUUGGUAUUUGCAGCAUAUCGGCCGUUCCGCUGCUAUCCAUUUGCUUCGCCCAAUGAAUGAAGGGGCUUUUAUUGUGCGGUCAUCAUCAAAGCCUAAUUCAAUGGCAUUAAGUAUUCGUUCACCUCCUGGUUUAGCAUCCGAUAUUGAUCAUUAUCUAAUCGAAUCAUCCGGUUCGGAUAAAAGUGUACGUGUAGAAUCGUCGCCAUACUAUUUUAAAUCACUUCCUUUAUUAAUUGAACAUUAUUGUUUGAACGGUGAAGAACUUCAGACUAAUCUUGUCUUACCGGUUGCAAUUACACGCUGCUGUACGAGCAUGCAGUUACAGAGUCUGGCACUGAUGGGUCAAGGUUAG